UAAACAUUUAAAAUAACUCCAACUUAAGAAAGAACAUAAACAACUCCCGAGAAAAUUCCCGAGAAAAUUCCACUAGUAUUUCUUUUACAUAAACAACUCCAACUUAAGAAAGAACCAAGCCCAAAACUAAAAUGGUUAAAAUGGGAAAGACAAGAAUGCUUCACAUGCCAAUCCUUUUAGUUCUUACUCUCUUUGCUUUAUCAACUUCCUCUGAUUCUCUCUACAACACUUUCCUCCCGUGCUUAGAUAAUCACACCAACCCCAGUGACCGAGUUUCCAACUCAGUCUACUCUCAAUCAAACUCGUCCUAUGACUCUGUUCUCCAGAACUACAUCCGAAACGCCCUGUGAAGAUCCUACGUCUUCGAUGAAAAGUUUGUCAUUCUCGACAUGUUUCAACUCCAAUCGAUCUCCGUCAACGUCGUCGACCAGACGGUCUGGGUUCAGGCUGGAGUAACACUCGGUGAACUCUACUACAGAAUCUAGGAGAAGAGCAGAGUCCUUGGCUUCCCUGCAGGGAUAUGCCCCACAGUCGUCGCCGAGACCACAUAACCGGCGGAGGGUACAAUAACAUGAUAAGGAAGUAUGAUUUGGUCAUUGAUUACAUCCUCGACACUCAAAUAUAAAUGUUAAGGGAGAAAUUCUUGACAGAAAUUCGAUGGGGGAAGGCCUGUUCUGGGCCAUUCGAGGGGGUGGAGCCGGGAGUUUUGGUGUUGUUUUGUCGUACAAGUUGAGAUUUGUUCUAAUUCCUAAAACCGUCACAGUUUUUAGAGUGGAGAAAAUAUUGGACCAAGGCCAGAACGCGACUGAUGUCGUUUCUCAGUGGCAACAAGUGGUGCCUACAACAAACGACAAUCUUUUUAUGAGGAUGUUAGUACAACCAAUCAGUUCGAAAGUGAAGAAAGGUACAAAAACUAUUAGAAUUUCGAUAUUAGCUGCGUAUCUUGGAAAUGCAAACGAAUUGGUAUCGUUAUUAGUGAAGGAGUUUCCUCUGUUGGGUUUAAAGAAUGAGAAUUGUAUGGAAAUGAGAUGGAUAGACUAUGUUCUUUGGUGGGGUUUGGAUAAUGCGACCUCACCAAAUGUUCUCCUCGAUCGAAAUCUUAACAACGCAGUUUUUGGCAAACGAAAAUCGGAUUAUGUUCAGACUCUGAUUUCGAAAGAUGGGCUGGAAUGGAUAUGAAAGAAGAUGAUCGAGUUAGGUAAAAUCAAGUUCGUUUUCAACCCUUAUGGUGGGAAAAUGAACGAAAUCUCACCUUCUGAGACUCCUUUCCCACAUCGAGUUGGGAAUUUGUUUAAGAUUCAAUACUCAGUGAAUUGGGAUGACCCUAAUGCAAAGUUAUUGAAGAAUUACACUACUUUUCAA